UCUAAUGCCUCACAAUGGACGAGUUCUUAUGUCAAGAAGCUGUUUUCGGCGUAUCGAGACCGAUAAAGCAACCAUUUCGGUGUCUAUUGUGCAAGUAUGUGCAGCCAGGGUCGUCUUUCGUCUGCGCCAAAUGUGUCAACGAAGGGAACUUCUUCAAGUUGUCUGACGUCACGAGACUCGAAACAUACGCUGCGGGUAAGGAGAAACUCGAACGUUUGAAGAAAGAAAUCGAAGAAAUGAAACGCAAAGUGUUGGAGAGGGUCGACUGUUUGUCGGAACAUCGAGACAAGGUGGCUGCUAAGCAUGCGUGCAGGAUGAGAUUAGAACCGUUGAAACAAGCUGUUUCGGAGUCAGAGACUAGUUAUCGAGAAGACCUUGAAACUUGUAAGAGAUUACACAAGAAUAAGAAAAGAUUGUCAUCAGAAGUGGAUUCUCUUUGUCAAAGAAUAAAGAAAUGGGAAACAUUUCGAGUCAAACUAAAGGAUAAAAUAUUGAAGACACAUAGAAUGCAUAGACAAACUUGUUUGGACUUAGGUAGGGAAAGGAAGAAACUGAUUGACGAGUUGACAACUGUUGUUAUUCCUAUUUGUCGCAUCACUCCAUUGAGAUCAGUUCCUGUUCAAAAUCAACUUGCUUUGGGUAGCAACACUCAGACAGGCGUAUUGAAUGGAUUUGAUGCGACAGCCUUGAUAGUUAGCCAGCUGGCAGAUGCUGUUACCGAUGCAAUUGUUGAGAAUUCUGUGUGCUUGAAAACAAGGGAUUCUGAAGUUCAGUCACCUGAUGCUCGUUGCGAGAAAGUUAGUAAUGUAUUUGGCAACCAUUACAAUGGAACUGAUUGGUCUAAGGUGGAGUACAGUAUAUGUGGCAUUACAACGCUCACUUGUAAUCGCGUCAAAGACUGUGAAGAUUGGGUUCAGCUGAGCAGUGCAGAGGAACUAUCAGACGAUGCAGAUGAUGUACCUUGCAACAAAGAAACACCAUCUGUAUUGGCUGCUCUCUCAUACGUAGCACACUUGGUACCCCAGGUGUCAAAAAUUCUACAGAUUAACGUUCCUCACAUUGUCUCUCUCCAAACAUUUAGUAUGUACACAUUGACUCCAAUGGCCUUACAGGCUCAAAUUGCUAAGUUGCAAGUAAAUGUGUUACACCUUUGCUUUCCUCUGAGAUUACCUUACUCAGUUCUAUUGCCUCAACAUAUCCUUCACAAUCUUCUGACGUGUCUUGAACUGCCAUCAGAUAUGUUUGCAGGUCAUCGUUCAUACACUUUUUAUGAUGAUCUGUUGCCUGAAAUUCCUGCUGAUUGGGAGACCGUCGAUGUUGUACAUGAAAUAGACUCUAGAGUUAUAGAAUCUUCAAUAUUUGAUGAGAACGAGAUGGACAAUAAUGAUGAUAUCGAUCAUGGAGAGUGGGAAGCUGUAGAGCCAUUGCCUGAGGUAAGAUUAGUUGACAAGACGGACGACAAUCCAGAAUUUCCUAUGAGUAGCUCUCAAGCUGGUGGAGUGUUAACUUCAACUCUCGCUCAAGUUUCUAAUUUGUGGAGGGCAGCCACUGGUCGAAAGUAAAUGUUUUGUACUACAAGUUUAUUUUUAUUGUUCAAGACAUUACAUGUUACAUAGUGCAUUUUCUUUAUGUACUGUAUGUGUACAUGUACAUAUUUUUAUUUUCCUCUCAACAAGACGAUAAUAAGAACAUACGUAAUAUAUGUACAAGUAACAUGUACAGUACUUGAAUGAUAAUCUCUGCACUAGUGACAUUACACAGCUUAUUACUAUAAUGCUGGCUGACUGUUUUAUUGUCAAAUGCUGUGGAGUAGUUAGAGAAAUAUGUUAGAAGAGCAAUACAGUCGCAUAUAAAGUUACUGCUCAAUGUAAGUCACAUGCAUAUGGAUGCAUCUGACUUGUGCAACAAGUUAGGGGCAACUGUACUGCAUAUGGUUAACGGUAAAUUACAGACUUAUAAAAUUGUUAGGAGAGAGAAAGGAAGACAAGAUGUAAUGGUAUACAGCCAUGCUAGAAGUUGAAUAGGCAAAUGAGACAAUCACAAUUCAAUGGAAUCUAAUUAUAUGAACAGGACAAGAAUUAACUGGCCGGAUGUACUGUACU